GUAAAUGGUUAACCCGACGGUGUAGCGGUCCGUGGUGACGUCACAUACUGGUUUCUGCUGCUUUGGGCCGCAGUUUGUUCAGGAGGACUCAUAUCCCAAACUACGACUCUCUCCUACAGAUCACCAGCUGCCGCCGGAGAAACAUCCUUAAAAUGGGCAACUGUCAACCCACAAUCGUACCCUAUGAUGAUUUUGACGUCGUAGCUGACAUCAAGGCCAUCCGCAAAGCCUGCAAAGGGUUUGGAACUGAUGAGCAGGCCAUCAUUGACAUCCUGGCAAACCGCAGUUCAUUUCAGCGUCAGGAAAUUAAACAGGCCUAUUUUGAAAAGUAUGAUGAUGAGUUGGUGGAUGUGUUGAAGAAAGAGUUGUCUGGGAACUUUGAGAAAGCUAUCCUCGCCAUGCUGGACCCGCCCGUCAUCUACGCUGUGAAGGAGCUGAGGAAGGCCAUGAAGGGAGCGGGCACUGACGAAGACGUCCUGGUGGAGAUUCUCUGCACUGCCACCAAUGCUGACAUCGCCCUGUUCAAGGAAUGCUACUUUCAAGUGCAUGAACGUGAUCUUGAAGCAGAUAUCGAGGGAGAUACAAGCGGGGAUGUAAGAAACCUGCUCACAGCUCUUUUGCAGGGCAACAGAGAUGAGAGUUACGAGGUGGAUGAGGAUCUGGCUGAACAAGAUGCUACCGCCCUGUUUGAGGCUGGUGAGGGUUGUUUUGGGACAGAUGAGUCCACUUUCACCUACAUCCUGGCCUCCAGAAAUUACCUGCAGCUCCAGGCCACCUUCAAGAUAUAUGAGCAGCUCUCUGGAACUGAAAUCCUGGAUGCCAUCGAGAAUGAGACUUCUGGGACACUGAAAAAAUGCUACAUUGCCCUUGUGAGAGUUGCAAAGAACCCUCAGCUCUACUUUGCCCGACGUCUGAACAAAGCGAUGAAAGGAGCAGGCACUGAUGAGGACACCCUUAUUCGCAUCAUCGUGUGUCGCGCUGAGUAUGAUUUGGAGACCAUCAAAGACAUGUAUCUGGAGAAGUACGAUGUGUCUCUGAAGGACGCCCUGAAGGACGAGUGCAGCGGCGACUUUAAACGCCUCCUCGUGGCUAUCUGCCACUGAAAGACGGAGAGUGUCGGCAGAGCGGACGUGGACAACAGAGGCAGAGACAGCAGAGUAUGUUUAUACUGAGGGCGCUGCUGUUUUCUGUCUCACAAACUAAUACUACUCAGUCUCUCCAUGUGACAUUAUGUAGGGAGCAGGAGGGUGGAAGGGAUAAAAUAAUUAAUAAUCUGGCAUGUCUUGUCCAAGUUACUGUUUGGAUGGCUCUCUUUUUUAACUUUUUCCACAGACAUUAAUUACGAAAUCCCCUUUGAACUGGAUUUACUCAUCUGUCUGUGAAACUACAGUUUCAGUCAAUUACUGCCCCUUUUCUUAGUCAAUUUUUAGCUCCAGUUCUUAACACCUUUACCAGCAUUUACACAGUGGUGAAGUUUUAGUCAUUGUUAACAAGCACCAAGAUUUAUACAUUUCCAAGGUUCACAGGAGCCAACUGUAGUCAAACCGAUGCAAUUACAUCAUUAAGCAUUAGCAUUUACUAAUGUAUUGAGACAAUAGUGUUACAUUACUACCAAGAAUUAUAUUACACUGUUUUAUAUAAAAAAAUUCUUUGUCAAUUUAUCUUUCACCCUCCAUGCCCCAAAUUCAUUGACUGUUCUACUUCACUGCUGUUACAACUAAUGCAAUCACUCCAUAUGGCUUGAAGUUUGUGCUUAUAAAUGAAGAAAUGUGAAAGUUUGUAAUGAAGGAAUAUCAGCUUGUAUCAUGAGAGAUAUGCAAUGUUAUGUGAGUGGCAUUUUAUAAAUUUUACUCACAACUGAUUCGCUGAAGAGAAUAUAUAUUUUAUCAGUUGCUUAUUGAAAGAAACUAUAUAUUGAUUUACAGUAUGUUGCAUUUUUCUUUUUUACUACAACUAGUAAAAUGUGACAAAUCCAAAUACACCUCACCGUGUUAUACAUUUUUUGUAUUUUACAACUAACAAUCUUCUAAUAUAUAACAUUAUUUAGUUUGCUGUUUUAGGUAGGCCAGAGGGUAUAUGAGAAGAAACCUGUAAGAAAUAUUUAACAUCUGGACAGUCUGAUGUCUCUAAUUGUGUGUCUCUAUAGGGCAGCUGAGAUUUGUUAAAAUUACCACUAUUGUAAGCAUUUUGCAACAAGCUGAGUAAAUACUCAAGUAAACUGAAGUACAUGAGAUAGUUACAACAUCAAACAGGACAUCAGUUGGGCCGUGGGACUCGUGUUUGCCUCUCUAUAGUCAAAGAUUUGUAGUCUAACUGCAAAUAAAGUUUCCUGUACCGUCA